AUGACUUCGGAAGGCCAUUGUGUUUUUGUGCUGGUCUACGUGGACGAUGUCUUGGUGACUGGAAGCUCGCUCGAGAUGAUUGCGCGCACCAAGAACGACCUCAAGACACGCUUCGAGAUGACGGACAGCGGCAAGUGUGCCUUUGUUCUUGGGAUCGAGCUAUUGGACGGUGAAGAUGGCAGCGUGACUAUGUUUCAGCGCCGUUAUGUCGACGAUGUCCUCAAGCGCUUUGGAAUGGAUGAGUGCAAGGCUGUGGCAAGUCCGGUGGACGUCAGCUCUCGACUGGUUCCAAGCAACUCUGCAAGCAAGGUGGAUGUCCCAUUCCGUGAAGCAGUGGGUGCUUUGAUGCAUCUGACGACUGCAACGCGACCGGACAUCGCCUAUGCUGUAAGCUUUGUGUCACGGUUCAUGGAGAAACCCCAAGAAGAACACUGGGUUGCAGUCAAGCGCAUCUUCCGCUACCUACAAGGCACCAAGAUGCAUGGAAUCUGCUACAAGCCAAGUGCGAAGAUCGACUUUCGUGGCUAUUCAGAUGCAGACUGGGCCGGUGACCUUGCUGAUCGCAAAUCGACGUCCGGCUACGUCUUCAUGCUAUUGGGUGCUCCGGUGAGUUGGGGCAGCAAGAAACAGCCAAGUGUGUCACUGUCUACAAGCGAAGGGGAGUACAUUGAGCUAAGUCUGGCGAUCCAAGAAGGCAAGUGGAUCAAUCGCUUGUUGUGCGAGAUCAUGGCGGCUGCAAACGAAGAAGGACCCGAGCUCGUCAUCCGUGAAGACAACCAGUCGUGCAUCAAGAUGACGAAGAAUCCGGUCAACCACGGCCGCGCUAAACACAUCGACAUCAAGUACCAUCACAUCCGUGAUGAAGUCAAGCGCGGCGAAGUGAAGCUUGAAUACUGCGAGACGACGUUGAUGUUGGCGGACAUCAUGACCAAGGCACUUCACGGACCGCGUCACAAGGACUUGACGGCGGCGCUUGGCAUCCGUGCGUGUUCGGAUUGA